GAAAGGUCAAAGGAAAGCAGGAAGAGACGUGUUUGGAGCGCGCUCUGCUAGUGUCUCGGGAGCGCGCCCGUGUGACAGCACAGAACUGUCCACGUCAACACAGCAAGGCGUCAGCAUCAGCGAUGGAAACUACGUCCCCGGAACCUUCCCUUUACACUGUUAAAGCCAUUUUCAUACUUGAUAAUGACGGCAACAGACUUGUGUCAAAGUACUACGACCCCGAGCUCCACACCUCCAUGAAGGAGCAGAAGAUCUUUGAGAGCAACAUUUUCAGCAAAACCCACAAAGCAGACAAUGAGAUUGCGUUCCUGGAGGGAAUGACCGUCGUGUAUAAGAGCAGCAUAGACCUGCUCUUCUACGUGGUGGGAAGUGCUCAGGAGAACGAGCUGAUGCUGAUGUCGGUCCUGAACUGUCUGUUUGAUUCUCUCAGUCACAUCCUCAGGAAAAACGUGGAGCGGCGGUGUCUACUGGAGAACAUGGAGGGAGUGUUCCUGGUGGUGGAUGAAAUCAUCGAUGGCGGGGUGAUCCUAGAAAGUGACCCCCAGCAGGUGCUCCAGAAAGUCAACUACAGGGCUGAUGAGAAUCCAUUAACAGAACAAAGUGUGGCUCAGCACCUGACAGAGAAACUGGCCCUGACCACUAAUGUUUUACAGUCGGCUAAAGAGCAGAUCAAAUGGUCCAUACUGAAAUGACGAGCCCAGAUAAAGAGUGACUCAAUGAGCCAGUCAGACAGUCUGCUGGUGUUUUUUCUCUUAUGAUGUUUUCAUCCACUGUGUGAAACGUGUCAGCUUCUCAGGUUUGGGCUGAGUGACUAGGAGAUAGACGAGCAAGUCAGUAACCAGACCGGCUGUCAGGAUAAACUAAAGGUGUGUAGGAGCCUGGACAGGUGAUGUCAACAGCGCUGCUUCAUGAGGGACGACCAGACCCCCCCCCCCCCCCCCCCCCCCCCCGCCAGUAUACACUUAAAUCAACAUGUAGCACAAAGAUGUCCGAGCUAAUGUCUCAUAAACACCAGGAAGCAGCUUCAUGACACUACGAGGCUUUCUCUACAGCUCAUGCACUUCUGAAGCUUUUGUCUAUGAUAUUUACGUGUAAAAAGCAUUUUGGAGUGGAGGUUGGAGUGAAUAUUUCUAGAUAAUGUUACAGAUUAUUUUCUUAGCCCAGCUUGUUGCUACCAUGUUACUGAUGAUUGAUUAAUAAAAAAACUGUAUUUA